AUGUUGGAGGUGCAAUGGUUUUAUCGUCCAGAAGACGUGGACAAAAAAUACGUUAGACACUGGAAAUCCAAAGAUGCAAGGGAACUCUUGUACAGUCUCCAUCGCGAUGAAGUGGUUGCUGAAUCUGUGAUGAACAGUUGCUCUGUGUGUUUUGUUCCAGAGGGUAAGCAAAUCCCAAACUGUGGAGAGUACCCUAACUUCAUUGUGACUCGUUUCUACGACUGUUACAUUAAGAAGCUGUCGAAGCUCUCUGCUACAUGUUUCUACGAGAAGUUCUGUGAUACAAUUGUCGAGGAGGAGCAACAACCAGAUAAGCUUGGUCUUUUUGUGGCAAAGAUAAUGUCUCAAGUUGGUCUUGUUAACAAUGAGAAGAAGAAAAAGUCGAGGAGAAAACAAGCAUUUCCUCAAAGGAAUUUAUACAAGAAACCGGAGGAGCUAGUUGAUCAAAACAAGGACGGUCUCAGUGGUGUUGAUGAAGGAACGGCUGACAAUGAGGAGUCAGUAGCAUCAACCUCCGACAGUGUCAACUCUGAUUCUUAUCUCAACGAUUUUUGA